AUGGCGCCUAAAGCAGCAGAGAAGAAGCUAGCCGAGAAGAAGCCGGCGGAGGAGAAGAAAACCGCCGCGGCUGAAAAAUCCCCUGCCGAGAAAAAGCCAAAGGCUGGGAAGAAGCUUCCCAAGGAAGCCGGCGCCGGUGCCACCGAUAAGAAGAAGAAGAGGAGCAAGAAGAACGUGGAGACAUACAAGAUCUACAUCUUCAAGGUUUUGAAGCAGGUUCACCCUGACAUCGGUAUCUCAAGCAAGGCCAUGGGGAUCAUGAACUCGUUCAUCAAUGACAUCUUCGAGAAGCUUGCUCAGGAAUCUUCGAAACUUGCAAGGUACAACAAGAAGCCGACGAUCACCUCCAGAGAAAUUCAGACGGCUGUGAGGUUGGUGUUGCCCGGAGAGUUGGCAAAGCAUGCUGUUUCUGAGGGGACGAAGGCUGUAACAAAAUUUACCAGUUCAUAG